AUAUGGCUUGUCCCAAUGAAGAUCCAGGACAUAAACCCGGAAGCAAAGUAUCACUGUCCAGUUUAUAAAACCUCCGUGCGCCGAGGUACCCUCUCCACGACUGGUCAUUCAACCAACUUUGUCCUCACUAUGCUCAUCCCCACGCGCGAACCAGAGUUCCAUUGGAUCAAUCGGGGCCUUGCUGCGCUCUGCCAGCUAGAUGACUGA